CUGUUCUGUACUUCUGUUUAUCAAAAUCACACACAGCCCAAGCAAUUUCCUCCUCCGUCUUCUUCCUCUUCUUCUUCUUCUUCUUCUUCCGAGAUUACUCGAUUCCAUCUCCAUAAACCCUAGUUUCCACCACCACCUUCUCGAGCCCUGAUUCGCCAAUGACAUUCGAAUCUCGACAUUGUCGUGUCUGUGAAUCCUAGGACUUUUGUUUUUAAUUUUGUUCGUCAGAAGAAGAAGAAGAAUGAGAUAGUUCUGAACUAGUACUCGUUUCGAAAAUCCGGUUUUUCUAUUUCCGAACCUGUUUGGUUCGCAUUUUGCGGUUUUUUGUUAGAUGGUGGCCGUCUUUAACCGCUUUGGAGGAGUUGGUUCUCGGUCAUGGCUCGCCGUCAUGGAUGGGAACUCCCCGCUCACACCUUCCAGGUUGUGGCUAUAACAGUUUUCUUUUUGCUGUCUGUCGCAUAUUACGCCUUCUUUGCCCCCUUUCUCGGAAACAAUAUUUAUGAGUAUGCAGCUAUUGGUGUUUAUUCUGUCUUGGCAUUGGCCGUCUUCAUUCUUUAUGUUAGAUGCACAGCCAUAGAUCCUGCUGAUCCUGGUAUUCUGAUUGAAUCUGACAAGCUAUCUACCUACAAAUCACAGAAUGACAUAGAUAUGGCUGGGAAUGCGUCCUCUGUGGGAGACCCCAGCAAAAUGGAACUUCAUAACGGAGGAAAAUAUAGUAGCCGCAGUUCAACAUGUUGUUCAAAAUAUGGAGGUUUCCUUUGUGGUUGUUUUGUUAUGGAAGAUUGUCGAAAAGAUGAUUUUCUUCAGCAACAAUCUGAAGAGGAUGCUUUGUUCUGCACAUUGUGCAAUGCUGAGGUACGGAAAUUCAGCAAACAUUGUAGAAGUUGUGAUAAAUGUGUUGACGGGUUUGAUCAUCACUGUCGGUGGUUGAAUAACUGUGUGGGGAGGAAAAACUAUAUUACCUUUGUAUGCCUUAUGGCAGCUAGCCUUGGUUGGCUUGUUGUUGAAUGUGGGGUUGGAAUUGCUGUUUUCGUUCGUUGCUUUGUUGAUAAAAAGGGUAUGAACCAGCUGAUAGCUGACAAACUUGGGGUUGGAUUCUCCCAGAUUCCUUUUGCCAUAGUUUUGGGCCUAUGUACUGUUAUUUCCCUUCUGGCUAUCGUGCCUUUGGGAGAGUUGUUCUUCUUCCACAUAAUUUUGAUUCGAAAGGGUAUCACAACAUAUGAGUAUGUUGUUGCCAUGAGAGCACAGAGCGAACCUCCUGGACCGUCUGUAGAUGGAGGGGAUCACCAAAGUCUUCCAUCUUCACCUACUAGCUCAGCUGUGACUGCCAUUAGUGGGAGAAGCUCACUUGGAAUGAGUUUGCAAUUUAAAGGAGCUUGGUGUACACCACCAAGAAUCUUUAUGGACCACCAGGAUGAAAUAAUUCCACAUUUGGAGCCAGGACGUCUACCCUCAACAGUUGAUCCAGAUGCAGUGCCGCAGCCUGAUAAGGGGAAAAAGAUUUCACAGCAUGUACCGCGUAUCAGCGCAUGGAAGCUUGCGAAACUGGACUCUAGUGAGGCAAUUAAAGCCGCUGCGAAGGCUAGAGCAUCGUCAUCCGUGCUUCGUCCAAUUAGUUCUCAGCAUCAUGCAUAUCAUGGCGAUUAUCUAUCCAGUAGCAGCGUCAGCGGAAGGAGCAGUCCAGUUAGUACUGAUCAAGGCUUCCACAACAGAAAUGCUAAAGCAGGCACGUCCAAGAUAUCUCCCAAAAGUUCAUAUCCUCCAAGCCGCGCCAGCCGAGAAGAUAUAGAAGCAUGUCAGCAAAGUUUAAGUAGUUUUAGCAGUCCUCACGUUUCUAGCUUCAACCCUGCUCCAUUUGCUCAGAGGUUUACCAACAGAGAUAACCAUAACCCCGUCUAUCAGUCGUCAACAGAUCCAUCCCAGAAUUCAGAAAAACAAAGCAAAGGGAACGACAACGUCUCGCAAGUAAUCCCUGCAAAAAAGACGAACUUGAGCACUGCAGAGAACAUGAGAUCAACCGUUGUUUGGGAUCAAGAAGCUGGACGUUUUGUGUCGUUGCCUUCCAGGGAAGCCGGUUUGUCUUCUUCUCAGGUUUCCGGGACAGAACUACUCUACACGGGUCAAUCCAUAUUCUUUGGUGGGCCCAUUGUAAAUGAACAACCCAACAGAGGGACAAGAAGUACCACUUCAUCUACAUAUCAAUGGGGUAGAUCACAGAGUGGGGGCCAGCUUCCUGUGUUCGUUCCAAGUGAUUAUCAACAGAAUCAGUUUCCUUCCAGAUUGCCUUAGAUUAGAUGACUGACAACGAGAACUGAUUAUCUUUUCACGUAGAUAUACCAUCGAGAGAGAGAGAGAGAGAUAGUCAGUGUCGUUUUCUAAUCUGAUUUCUGUUGCAUAGCAUGUGUACAUUUCUGCAACAUGUUCGCUAACUUGUAGUGUUGGUUAUUUUUCGAACUGGCACUUUCCAAGGAAUUUCGGAUUUACCUUCUUUUCCCUAUAUGUUGGCUUGUAAAGACCUUUUUGCUGAUUUUAAAGAAUUGCCUCUCUCUCUCUCUCUUAGGAAACGGUUUUUC